CCUAAUUAUCGCGCUUAAACUUUCAGAGGCGGUUUUUCAGGACAUGUGUUACUGAAAAAUCAUGUGUCAUGUGUUCGGUGCAGUGCUAAGUUCCGAAAAGUGCAACCAUGAGUGUGAUUUUGCUGCUUUACAUGUGCUGGAAACAUAAAUUAAAAUUGGAUUAUAAUCAAUAAUGUCCAGUAUUAAGAAAAGCUCCAGACGAUCGGAGGAUACGAUGGACGAUGAUUCCGACGAUAAGGACUCAAAACGGAAAUCUCGAAAUUUGAGUGAGAAAAAAAGGCGAGACCAAUUUAAUUUGCUAGUAAAUGAAUUAAGUUCAAUGGUAGCAACAGGAAGUCGAAAAAUGGACAAGUCUACUGUGCUAAAAUCAACUAUAGCAUUCUUAAAAAAUCAUAACGAAAUAGCCGUACGAUCUCGUGUUAACGAAAUCCAAGAAGACUGGAAACCGACGUUUCUCACAAACGAAGAAUUCACUCAUUUAGUCCUGGAGGCUGUAGAUGGUUUUAUUAUGGUGUUUUCAGCUUCCGGUCAAAUUUUUUACGCGUCGGAAAGUAUUACCUCGCUUUUGGGACAUUUACCGAAUCAAGUUCUCAACAUGACAAUAUACGAAAUGGCAAACGAAGAAGAACACAGUCACCUUUACAAUAUUUUACUCACUCCGUCCGAAGACCAGGGUCAAAUUUCCUUCUCGUGUCAUUUGCGACGUGGAGAUCCUGACUCAAAACAGAAUCCCUCCUUUGAACUCGUGCACUUUGUAGGAUAUUUUAGAUCUGAUGAAGAUAUGGUCCAGAGCGAAAACAGAUAUAGCGGCUACUCUGGGGAGGCCGACACCAGACUGGUGUUUGUGGGCACUGGCAAGAUCAAGACCCCUCGCCUGAUCCGUGAAAUGCCCUUGGUCGACUCCAGCAAAAGCGAAUUUACUUCCCGUCAUAGCCUGGAGUGGAAAUUCCUCUUUCUCGACCACCGCGCGCCCCCCAUAAUCGGUUACCUCCCUUUCGAGCUUUUAGGCACUUCCGGUUACGAUUACUACCACGUCGACGAUUUGGACAAUAUAAUAAUCGGUCACAAAGCCCUCAUGCAAAAAGGCGAGGGUACUUCUUGUUUUUAUAGAUUUCUUACAAAAGGCCAACAAUGGAUUUGGUUGCAGACCAGAUAUUACAUAACUUAUCAUCAGUGGAAUUCCAAACCGGAGUUUAUUGUUUGUACUCAUCGUGUCGUAAGUUAUGUUGAUGUUAUGAAACAAAGUCGGAAAGAGGAAGGGGUUACAACAUCGGGGACUUCCCCGGGGAAUGGAGGGACGACGUGGCCGAAAAACACCAAGAGUAAUAUACGACAAGGGACGGCUUCGGAGUGCACCUCCAUGUCGGCGGACUCACCAACGUCGAGGCAGUCGGUCAUGACGCAGUUUUCGGUGAAAUCAGAGUCCAAUCAACCUAAGCCUCCCCCUCAAAUGCUCCAACCCCAACCUCAACCUCAGCCUCUCCAACCCCAAAACCAAAUCCAACCCCCCCACUCCCAGUCCCUCAACCACCAGUUUCUGGAACCACCCCAGUAUGUAGCUGCUAUUCCUAUGCAACCAGUCAUUUCUGGAUUUUCCCCCACUGGAGUGAUUUCCCCGAUCCAACCUCUCGACAACGUGAUGCUGACACCGGCCCAGACCCAAAUCCAAAUCGACCUCCAGAGAAAACAUGCCGAACUCCAAGCAAUCAUCGGCCAACAACAGGCAGAAUUGAGGAGAGUCUCCGAGCAGCUUUUGAUGGCCAGGUUGGGGCUUCUACCUCACAAUCAACCGGCGCAAAAUUAUUCUCCUCAAGUGUCUAUAACAUAUCAAGGCUCGAAUUCGGGAACAGUCAGUAGUACCACCACAACAAUUCCAGGCAUUCAAUCGAGUGCUGUAGGCUCACCGUCUCUCAUAGUACCUGUAAGCAUAUCUCUACCAAUACCUCAACAUCAACCAAAUAUGUUGUAUACGCCAUCAGACUCUAAUGGACAAACUAAAUAAGUUUUAGUGCGAAAAAACCAAAGACGAAAACGAACAAUUCGCUCAAUUUGUUACCGUAACCCUACCUCUGUGUUAUCGUGUCUUAAAAUUGUCAGUUAUUAAUUUUCAGUGGUGAUAAUAAAUUGAUCAACGCACAAUAAUGGAGGUGUAUUAAAUGCAGUGAUUUUUAACAAAAUUAAGGAAACAACAAAAUGGAUAUAGCUUGUUCCAAAUCUGGUGGCGAACUGACGUUGUCAAAAAUGACUGAAUUUUGACACUAAACAUAUGUUUACUAUUAAA